GUGCGAGAGAGAGGAUAGGGAGAGGCGACAGAGAAGCCAAGGCCACCGCCGCCUCGCUCCGGUGGCGACACCACCACCACCACGGGCUCGCCGACAUGACGGGAGCUCUGGCCAUGAGGCCAUCCACCUCCUCCUCCCACUCCCUCCUCGCUCCGCCGACCUGCUCCUCCCGCCUCCCCCCGCUCCGCUGCUUCGUCGGCCUCCGGUGGUCCGCCCCACGCGUCCAGGUCAGGGAGCAGCCGGAUGCGGGUGCAGGGAUUGCCAAGGGUACAGGUGGACGCGGUGGGCGGUUCAGAGCACCUGCUUCAAGUAUCUCCCAAUCUUGCCUUAGAACCAUCGUCAUCACAAACGAAUAUGUCCAAAAUGCUGAUUUUCCGCCUAAUUACUCAAAAAGAGAGAAGAAACCAUUUCCUAUACCAGUGUUGGAGUUAAGGCGCCGAGCAAAAGAGAGGGCGAAGAAAGCUGAAGGGAAACCCAAACGGUCUUUACCACCUCCAAAAAAUGGGUUGCUGGUCAAAAGACUGAUACCAGUUGCAUUCAGAGUGUAUAAUGCAAGAAUUUUGCUGAUUAACAACUUGAAGAGGCUUAUGAAAGUAAUACCAGUGAGAGGAUGCAAAUAUUGCAGUGAGAUACAUGUCGGAUCUGUUGGACACCCUUUCCGAACAUGCAAAGGAAUGUCUUCAGAUAAACGUAGGGGAGAACAUGACUGGGGAAGUACUUUGGUGGAAGCUGUUUUCUUGCCAGUUGAAGCCUACCACCUAGAGGAUCGGUUAGGAAACCGUAUCCCUCAUGAUCAAAGGUUUGCUGUACCCCGCAUUCCUGCUCUUGUAGAGUUAUGCAUUCAAGCUGGAGUUAAUCUCCCUGAAUACCCCACAAAGCGUCGAAGAAAGCCGAUUAUUAAAAUCGGAAGGAGUGAGUUUAUUGAUGCAAAUGAGGAUGACCUACCAGACCCGGAGCCUUACAAACUUGACCAUCCAAUUCUUGAAGAACUGCAUGAUAACGAGGUUAUCACCCCAUCAAGCCCAGAGGAGAUUGUUGCUCUUGCUGAGGAAACACUCGAAGCAUGGGAGGUAGUCAGGGGUGGUGCCUUGAGGCUUAUGAAGAGCUAUGCAGUGCGGGUCUGUGGAUACUGCCCAGAGGUUCAUAUCGGAGCAAGUGGCCACAAAGCACGGAAUUGUGGUGCCUUCAAACACCAGCAGAGGAAUGGACAGCAUGGAUGGCAGGCAGCGGUGCUUGAUGACUUAAUACCUCCUAGAUAUGUGUGGCACAUGCCGGAAUCCGGGGAGGAAUUGCAGAGGGAUCUGAAGAGUUUCUAUGGGCAGGCACCUGCAGUUGUUGAGAUAUGUGUUCAGGCUGGUGCAAAGGUGCCGGAGAAGUACAAAGCCACAAUGAGACUAGAUAUAGGAAUUCCUUCAAGUUUGAGAGAGGCCGAGAUGGUUGUCUGAAUAAAAUUGGGGCGUUUCUAUUGUCACAUCAAGCUCCAUUUUGUCUGACCAGAGGUUCACGGCUUUGCUCCCAUGUAUAUACUAGGAAGGCAGGAAAUUAGCUGAAACACGAGAAUUCGUUCAGGUUUUUAUUGUUUGUAUCAUAUGCACGCUAUCAUUUACCAGAUUCUUCUUUGUAUCAGAUAUGGAUGUUUCUUAUAGCAGUUCAAGAUGCA